CAGCGCUUAAAUUAGUCGAGCAGCGACACUCAGCCGGUUCACUUCCAAGAUGAAGAGCGACGAGAUUAUUGAGAAGAUACGCAGAAAGCUGAAGGAAUCGGAUCCUGCCCGGCGCACCGUGGUCAACACCUUCCAGUUCAACUUCACCGAUUCGGAUGGUAAUCUCAUUAAGAGCAUGGUCUUUGAUUUCAAAGCGCUGGACAUCUACGAGGGUAGUGCUGCCAGUGCGGAUGCGCAAGUAACCAUUUCGGAUGAGGAUUUCUACUUGGUGGGCACUAAGCAGAAGACCUUUCAGGAGGUUCUGCAGCAAGAGAAGGCCAAGAUCGAUGGCGAUGAGGAGGCUAUUAACAAAAUGCUGGACAAGUUUCGCAUAAAUUCUCAGAACUAGCAAAAGAGAUCUGAAAUAAUUAUGCAUUUUGUUCUGUUUGAAGGAUAUUUAUGUAACGUUCCUUAUUUACUUUAUAAACCUCCCAAUGAUGACUGCAAUCAACACAAAUAAAUAAAUAUUUUUGUCAAGUCUAAA